UGGGUACUGUGCUGGGCCUGGGUAGAAUGUCAUUUUCUGCAACUGCUAUGUCCCACAAAUACAAUAUAGAGUUGAAAGUGUAACUAAGGUAUUGAAAGGUGAAGCCAUUGGUGGUGGGGAAUGGAGAAUGUCUGUCAUUUAUUUCCGGUGCUAAUUUGUGUGGUGUGUAUGUGAAGAUUGGGAAUGGAGAAUGUCCGCCCUUUUUUUAUUUGAACAAUGGCAACCCAAACUCUCAAGCCCAAAUCCAAUUCCCUUAUCCUUAAUCCAUUUACCGAAAUGGACGACCCAACUUAUAAAUCCAUAAUCCAUUGUCUAUUUACCCAAAAUUCCCAAAUCCCAAAUUGAAAUCUCCCCAAACGCUCAUCUCCGUCUCUCUCGACUUCUCCUUCCAGAAUCCCAUAUUUCCUCUUCGCGGCUUGGCUAGUUGGCUUCGCUGGAGCUAGAGUCCCACUACCCAGAUAGCUAAACUCCCAAAUCCCAAUCUCGUGAGUUGUGACGGUGGAAUUCUCGAGGGUGUAACUCCACCGUUUUCGUUGAAAUUCUAGUUCUUAGGCCUUGACAGUCACUGGACCGGCACUUCAUUCCUUUUCUAGACUAGAUGGAGCACGUAAAAAUGGACUCUUCAACUGACUUGAACGAUGGAACAGGGUUAUUGAGUUUGGAAGAUAAUGGCAGCAAUGCAAUCAUGUUGCCAGGCAAGAAAAAGAAUAAAAAGAACAAAAAUAAGCAGGUGUCCGAAAAGCUCAGGAUAAAUAAUGAGCCUAAGUUGAGCAAAUCCCAGAAAAGAAAGUUAAAGAAACUCGAGGAGGAGAAGGAAAAGGAGAUACUUUUGUCAAAAAGCAUCGAGGAAUUGGAGAAAUACAAGAUUCAAGAUGAUGUGCAUUCUCUUAUGUGGUCUUCACGGAACUUGGGUCAGGUUGAAACUGUCCGCGAAAAACGUAGGAGGCAAAUGCAGUUUGCUAGAGCAGGUUUAGAAUUGGAUGAUUAUCGACCUUUCAAGAAAAGGACCAGUGAUGAUGCGUCUGGUGAUGUUGAAUUGCAUCCAGACGAUAACAAGUCAAAAGUAAACAAUGAUAACAAUUCUCCGCAACCAUUUUUAUCAGAAAGAGAGCUCCAGAAUCACAUGCCUGCCCCACUAAAAUCUUCUGAAGAACUAGUUUCUAGGAAUGAACCUGCUACUCUUGGCGAAGAUGCUGCUUUGACUGGCGAGGAUGUAAAUAGUGAAACUAAUAAGUCAUUAAUACCAGAACAGCCAGAAAAUUCCAAAUGUACAUUUCCUCCUAGUGAAGAACCAGCAGUGUCAUUGGUAUACUCCCAUACUGCUCCAGUGGAUGGAAGUCCAAAUGUAAAUCUCAGCAAUAUAAUGAACCAGGGGAUCCGUACUCCACUGAGAACUACUAGUGCCCCAACUGUAGUGCACGUAUCAAGAUCAAAGGAGGUCGAGAGCAACAGAAGGAAUCUUCCAAUAGUAAUGAUGGAACAGGAAAUAAUGGAAGCUAUUAAUGAGAAUAAUAGUGUUAUCAUAUGUGGUGAGACUGGUUGUGGUAAGACCACACAGGUCCCCCAGUUCCUUUACGAGACUGGCUUUGGUUCAAGCCUUUGUGAUGUUCGAGGCGGUGUUAUUGGUGUGACCCAACCCCGACGAGUCGCUGUACUUGCAACAGCCAAGCGAGUGGCGUAUGAGCUUGGUCUUCGUUUGGGUAAGGAGGUAGGCUUUCAAGUUAGGCAUGACAGAAGGAUUGGAGAGAAUUGCUCCAUCAAGUUUAUGACUGACGGAAUCUUGCUUCGAGAAGUUCAGAAUGAUUUUUGGUUGAGACGCUACUCCAUCAUAAUUUUGGAUGAAGCUCAUGAGAGGAGCCUGAAUACGGAUAUACUUAUCGGGAUGCUUUCUCGAGUUAUACGUGAGCGCCAAUGGGAAUAUGAGAUGCAGCAAAAGAGGAUUCUUGCUGGGGAAAUUAUUAACUCUGAGAAGAGGAUCUAUCCCUUGAAACUUGUGCUGAUGAGUGCUACCCUGUGUGUUGAAGACUUUGUGUCUAACAAAAAAAUAUUUCAUAAUCCUCCACCAGUAAUAGAAGUCCCGACUAGACAGUAUCCAGUUACUAUGCACUUCUCCAAGAGGACAGAGAUCAUAGAUUACGUUGGCCAAGCCUAUAAGAAAGUAUUAUCAAUUCACAAGAGAUUGCCACCCGGAGGAAUUCUUGUUUUUGUGACUGGGCAGAGGGAGGUGGAGUACUUGUGUAAGAAACUGAGAAAUGCUUCUCAGGAAAUAGUUAAAAGUGCAUUGGAAGUAAAUGAAGAAUCGUCUUUAGUUUCCGAAGAAAAACCUCUGGAAGAAAAUGAUAUUAAGGAUAUUAGUGAGGCAUUCGAACUUCAAGGAAACACUGGUCAUGACAUUAUGAAUCGUUUUGGCUCUCAUACUGAGGAUCAUGGAGAUCUAUCUGAAGUAGAGUCUGAUGUGUCUUAUGAUUCCGGGGAUGACAGUGAUCUUGAAUUCUACAGUGAUGAGGGUGAUGUGUUGAAACCAACAUCUCUGGAGUCUGAUAGCAAUCUUGCAGAUGUUUUGGGGGAUGAAGGAAGCCUUGCUUCAUUGAAGGCAUCUUUUGAAGCAUUGGCAGGCAAGAAAACACCUAACCCUGUUUCUGAGGUUCCUGUUAAUCCUGAAGGAACCUCAAAGCAAACCAGUUCCAUCUUGGGACAGCAAAACAGGGAAGGUAAGUGUCUUUGUGCUGGUCCAAUGCGGAUCCUGCCCCUUUAUGCAAUGCUUCCUGCAUCAGCGCAGCUUCGUGUUUUUGAAGAGGUCAAGGAAGGAGAGCGCCUAGUAGUUGUUGCCACUAAUGUGGCUGAAACCUCUUUGACUAUCCCUGGGAUAAAGUACGUUGUUGACACUGGAAGAGAGAAGGUCAAGAAUUACGACUCCUCUAAUGGAAUGGAAACAUAUGAGAUACAGUGGAUAAGUAAGGCUUCUGCUGCUCAACGUGCUGGAAGAGCUGGAAGAACUGGGCCUGGACAUUGUUAUCGCCUCUAUUCCUCUGCAGUCUUCAAUGACAUUUUUCUUGAAUUCUCAUGUGCUGAAAUAUUGAAAGUACCAGUUGAUGGUGUUGUUCUUCUCAUGAAAUCCAUGCAUAUUGGCAAGGUUAAGAAUUUCCCAUUUCCAACCCCUCCGGAGGACAGUUCGUUUGAUGAAGCAGAGCUUUGUCUAAAGGCUCUUGAGGCACUUGAUAAUGAAGGAAGGUUGACACCACUAGGGAAGGCAAUGGCACGCUAUCCAAUGAGUCCUCGCCACUCCAGAAUGCUUCUUACGGUUAUUCAAAUCAUGCGUGAGGUGAAAGAUUAUGCCCGAGCAAAUCUAGUACUGGGCUAUGCUGUUGCAGCAGCUGCAGCUUUGAGCUUGUCAAAUCCUUUCAUUAUGCUGUUUGAAGCAAGCCACGAUGACACAGAUGACAUGAAGCAAGAUUGGAGUGAGAAAAUUCCAGACGAGGAAGAAAAGUUGAGGAAAAAGAAACUUAAAGAAACUGCUAAAUUAUCUCGUGCUAAAUUUUGUAACCCCACCAGUGAUGCUUUGACCAUAGCUUAUGCUCUGCAAUGCUUUGAGCUCUCUGAGAACCCGGUAGAAUUCUGUACUGACAAUGGAUUGCACUACAAGACAAUGGAAGAAAUGUCCAAGUUGAGAAAGCAGCUUCUUCAACUAGUGUUUAGCUCCAAUUGUAGUGAUUUCCAACGAGAAUUCUCUUGGACUCAUGGGAUUAUGCAGGAUGUAGAAAGUUCUUGGAGGGUUACUUUCGAUAAACAUCCUCUUCUACUGAAUGAGGAGGAGAUUUUGGGGCAGGCUAUCUGUGCUGGCUGGGCUGAUAGGGUUGCUAAACGCAUUAAAGGAGCUUGGGGGCUGUCAGAAGGAGAUAGAAAAGUUAAUGCAGCGAGAUAUCAAGCUUGCAUGGUCAAAGAAACAGUAUUCCUCCAUCGUCGCUCUUCUGUUUCUAAAUCUCCACCUGAAUUUCUAGUCUACAGUGAAUUAUUAUAUACAAAAAGGCCAUAUAUUCAUGGAGCAACAAGUGUGAAAUCAAAUUGGCUGGUUAAAUACGCUCGAUCAUCGUGUAUCUUUUCUGCCCCCCUUUCAGAUCCGAAACCAUAUUAUGACCCUGUAGCUGACCAAGUUUUCUCGUGGGUCGCUCCAACUUUUCGCCCUCAUCUAUGGCCACUCCCUCUUCAUGGUUUGCCCAUCAAAGAAGACGCAAUUCGGGUGGCUGUGUUUGCUUGUUCAUUACUUGAAGGACAGGUUUUGCCAUGCCUAAAAGCUGUCCGAAAGUUCAUGGCAGCCUCACCAGCUAGCAUUUUGAAGCCGGAAGCAUCAGGUCUUAAACGAGUUGGCAAUCUGUUAAAUAAAUUAAGUACAAGGGGAAGAAUUGUCGACAGUUGUGCCAUGCUAAAGAAGUUGUGGAAUGACGAUCCUUCAGAAUUGUUUUCAGAAAUUCGGGAUUGGUUUCAAGAAGGGUUUCAUAACCAAUUUGAAGAACUGUGGACACAAAUGCUCCGUGAAGUUCAGUUAGGUCCUAAAAAACGCUUCUCUAAAAGGGUCAAGGGAGAAAAAAGGAGAAUUUGAGUAUUGCUAUUACUGUCAUAUUGGAUAGUUGUACGACUGAGUCUUUCAGGCUUUGCUCUACAUCUGAAUGAAUUUAUCACAUUGAGAGGAUCAUGAAGUGGCCCAACUGUCCAUGUUGAAUGAUCAAUAUCAAGAGACUGAAUUAUGCAUCAUAUCAACUGAAUUGUGUCCAUUCAUGAACAUGGACGGUAUUCCAUUAUGAAGGAUGAUUUUGUGCAGUUUUAGAAUAUACAUUAAGUUAUCAGGGGCUCUAUGCAUAAUUGUACAAUGUUUCGGGAUGUCAAUAGUUUUGGAUCGUAACUUUUCCUACUGGAACUUGACAGUUCUUUUCCUAGUUCUCUUUAUGCAUCUCUUUGCCGUGCAUACACCUUAAAUGACAGCUUCAAUAACAUGCUAAGCUUCACCUGAGGUUAUGAAUGCUUUCUGAGAGCGGUUUGUAAGAAAGCUUUAAUAGCAUGCUCGUAGUCACUUGCCGCUGACUCCAUUCAACUUCUCUUGGUGUAGCUAUUGAAGUGGUAUAGUUCGAGGUUUAGCAGUGGCGGGUUUGGAGAGUUUGUUGGGGGGAAUCUUUGCAAUUUCUGUGGUUUGUAUGGAAGUUCUCUGGACUGUUACAGUGGCUCUAGCAACGAAAAUUGUAAGAUUGCAUAUGGUGGUAGUGGUGAUUUGGAGGUGGUGCAAGUGGUGCUGCAUUGGGUCAUGGUGAGUGAUUGUGGAUCGAAGGCGGCAGAAACAACGAUUACGGUGUGAAAUGUAAGCAAUUGUGAAGUAAUUUGUGACCUAUUAAAUGUGUUGUGAAUACAAGAAUGUGAUCUAAAAUGUGUCAUUUUGACCGUUUCCUAUUUGAUUAUAGGCUACAAUCGUAUAGGUCACAAAAUUGUAUUUUCUUAAAUUUGAAAGUGUAUCUUGAAGCUAUGAUAA